AUGGCCCGCCCUGCAAUGAGCAGCCUAUUCAAUAUCCUUGACGAGAUUCAGAGCCAAGUGGAGAGAGAAGAAAAGCCGGAUAAUCUGAAAAAAGCCUUGGAAAAUGAGCUUCACAAGCUAUACCUGCAUACAUCCUUGGAAAUAUGCAAACAGAGGCUACGCGGAUCUGUAAGCAAGGAAACACUUGCAAAGGUAGAGAAAAUUAAGCAGUACUUCAAGCAUAUAGAGAAUGUCCAGAACUGA